GUGACCCACAACCAGGAGAACGUGUUUGACUUGCAGUGGCUGGAACUGCCAGAUGUGGCCCCGGAGGAGCUAGAGGCCCUCUCGAGGAACAUGGUGUUCCACCUCCGGAGGCUCAUUGAUGAGCGGGACGAGUGCACAGAGUUGAUUGUGGACCUGACGCAGGAACGUGACUACCUGCAGGCGCAGCAUCCCCCCAGCCCCAGCAAGUCCUCCAGUGCCGACUCCACCCCCAGCCCCACCAGCAGCCUCUCCGGCGAAGACAAGCAGCACCUGGCUGUGGAGCUGGCUGACACCAAGGCCCGGCUGCGGCGCGUCCGGCAGGAGCUGGAGGAGAAGACAGAGCAGCUUGUGGACACCAGACACGAGGUAGAUCAGCUGGUUCUGGAGCUGCAGAAAGUCAAGCAGGAGAACAUCCAGCUGGCUGCGGACGCCCGUUCUGCACGUGCCUACCGAGAUGAGCUAGAUUCCCUGCGGGAGAAGGCGAACCGCGUGGAGAGGCUGGAGAUGGAGCUGGUUCGCUGCAAAGAGAAGCUGCACGACGUGGACUUCUACAAGGCUCGCAUGGAGGAGCUGAGAGAAGAUAAUAUCAUUUUGAUUGAAACCAAAGCCAUGCUGGAGGAACAGCUGACUGCCGCCCGGGCCCGGGGCGAUAAAGUCCACGAGCUGGAGAAGGAGAACCUGCAGCUGAAAUCUAAACUUCACGACCUGGAAUUGGACCGGGACACAGACAAGAAACGAAUCGAGGAGCUGCUGGAAGAAAACAUGGUCCUCGAGAUUGCACAGAAGCAGAGCAUGAACGAAUCCGCCCACCUUGGCUGGGAGUUGGAGCAGCUGUCCAAGAAUGCAGACCUGUCUGACG